AUGCUGUAUGAAAGUAGUGAAUCUGUUCGUGAAGAUUCAAAUAUUAAAAAUGGAAGUGAUAAUCACUUAAUCGAUGUACCUCCAGCAAGUUUGGAAGAUAUUGAGACCUACCCCAUUUUAAGUAGACCAAUGAUUCCUUUACUUGCUUCUUGUUUCCUUAUUUAUUUAGUUGCUACUACUACUGGUUUUGAUGGUUCCUUGAUGUCAAGUAUCUAUACUCAAGAAGAUUAUUUAAGGGAAUUUAAUUUAGAUGCUGACUCUUCAACUUCUACAGGUAUUAUCUUCUCUAUCUACAAUAUUGGACAAAUUGUUGGAGCAUUGUUCUGUCCUUUUAUUGAUUGGAAGGGUAGAAAAAACGUUAUUAUCUUUGGUUGUUUAGGUGUUGUUGUUGGUGCUGUUAUUACUGCAGUUUCUAAAAAUAUUGGUACAUUACUUGCUGGUAGAUUCAUUUUGAGUUUCUUCACCACUUUAGCUAACACUGCUGCUCCUUUAUACGUUACCGAAAUUGCUGCUCCAAAGGCAAGAGCCAGAAUCGCUGGUUGUUACAAUACUUUAUGGUAUUGUGGUGCUAUUAUUGCUGCAUUUACUGCUUAUGGUGCAAACUUACAUCACAGUGGAAGUUCAUUAAGUUUUAGAUUACCUCUUGGUAUUCAAGCUGUUUGUCCAGGAAUUGUGUUUAUAUUCGGUUGGUUCAUCCCAGAAAGUCCAAGAUGGUUGGUAGGUGUUGGUCGGUUAGAUGAAGCUAGACAGGUUAUUGUAAACUAUCAUUGUAAUGGAAAUAUGGAUCAUCCUCUUGUUGAUUUUGAAAUGGCUGGAAUGGAAGCUUCUUUUGAAGGAAAAUCUUUACAAAACUCAUUUAGAUUAUUAGAUCCAAGACCACUUUUCAAGAAUCGUAAUAGUUAUCGUUCAUGUUUAGUUAUUAUCAUUGCAUUCUUUGGUCAAUUUUCAGGUAAUAAUUGUGCUAGUUAUUAUCUUCCAACUAUGUUAACCAAGAUUGGUAUGACUUCAGUCACUACCAAUGUGUUAAUGAAUGCUGUGUAUUCGAUUGUUGCUUGGAUGGCAUCUAUCGUUGGUGCUUUUGCCCAUGAAAGAAUUGGUAGAAGAAAGAUGCUUAUGUUUUCAACUAUUACAGCUGCUUUAGCUUUGACCGGUUUAGCUAUAUCAACAGCAAGAUAUAAUGCUAUCCCUACUAAAGCUGCAUCUCAAAGUGCCCUUGCUUUUAUUUAUUUAUUUGGUAUAUUCUUCUCAUUUGCAUUCACCCCUGUCCAAGUCAUCUAUGCUUGUGAAGUUGCUUCAAAUCCAAUGAGAUCAAGAUCCAUGAUCAUCUUUAAUAUCACUGCAGGUAUCGCUCAAUUCAUCAACCAAUUUGCCACACCAACGGCUAUGAAGAAUAUUUCAUAUUGGUUCUAUGUCUUCUAUGUGUUCUGGGAUCUUUUUGAAUGUGUGGUCAUUUACUUCUUCUUCGUUGAAACUAAGAGUAGAACAUUGGAAGAAAUGGAUGAAAUUUUCUUAGCAAAGAAUCCAAGAAAAGUAUCAGUUGGAAAUUAUGAGGACGAGAAUGAUGAUUCAAAGAAAUUUCUUCAAUAUAGAAAUAAUGCCGUUACUUCUAUUUCUCAUAUUUUUUCUAAGUCAAAAGUUGAAGAAAAAGUUAGUGAAGCCGUCUAA